UCCAAUUUCUGCUCGGACUCGAACGUGAGCGUGCAGACAUGGCGACCGAAACCGAAAGUCUAGACAUCCUGGAAGAGCGAGUGAAAAGGCUCGAGGAGAAGAUAUUUGGCCCUCUACCCAAAGAUGCAGAAUAUCCAGAGGUUGUGUCCACACUUGCUUCCUUGGGUGGCCAGUUGGGCAGUGCCCUUGGGACUAGAGACAGGAUGAUGAUGGUCAUGAAGAGAUUGGAAGAAUUGGAGCGGUACCUUGACCCAGCAUAUGGAGAGUCUUUUGAAUUAUCUGAUAAUGUGAAGCUGGACCUAGUGCUGACCCGGGAAGAGCAGCUCCGAAACCAGCAUCAGCAGCUCAAUACGCUACACUCACUCAAGCAUGUUCUUGACUCGCAGCACAUUAGUGAUACACCCAACCUGAGUGACGAACUUAUCCAGAUAGCUAACAAACACAGCCAGGAUGAAGAAGCUGCCACUGCACAAAGCAUGCAGAUUAAGAAUAUGCUGGACCAGUAUAAUGCUAUUAUCAACACCCUCACAGAGACAUUCAUCAAAAUGGACGAGAUUGUGACGAAGGCCGAAAUAGCUGCCCUGCCCAAGAAAGCUGAAGAUUGAAGUCUGAGAAAUCAAGUUUUAGUAGAACCCCACUGUUAAUGGCCUUUAUUCUGUUAAUGGCAUCAGUUACGCAAAGAAUAGGAGCAGUUUAUACAACUGAAUAAAUUCUUGUAUGUUUUUCCCCAUCCUCCUUUCAGAGUCAUUUAAAGCAGCUUAUUAGGUGAUAAAGAUAUUCUAUACAGCAGUCUUAGUCUGCAGGAUAUUGCAGUUCAGUGACAAGGUGCAGUUUGUAGUUUACUGUUAUUGAGACAUUCCAUGUUGAUGAGUUAACAUGUAAAGGUAUUAGCCUUUGAUAUGUUGAUGUUUAUGCUUUUAGUUAUUACCAUUUUUACUUUUUAUAGACUGCUGAUAUACACCAUUCUAUUAUACAAUUUUGCACAAGCUAAUAUGUUUUUAACUAAAAGCUAGUCUACACUUGUUUUAAGACUUUACAAUCAUUGCACGUCAGAAGAUAGGAUAUUAUACUUGUUUUAAAUUAAAAUAUUUAUUCUCUAUUGGUAUCCACAGAAUACAUCUAUAAUACAUUAUCUGUUUUUGAUCUCACCUUAAAUUUGUGUUCUAUAAACAGAAAGAAGACAAAAAAGAUAGAGAGCAUUAGUGAAGUCACCAUUGUGCAGAUACUAAUGGUUUUGUUAUUAGAUUGGAAGGUUACUAUUAAAUUACCCAUAGGCUAUUGUUUACUUACAAAAGUUUAAAAUUUUCACUUUGUCAUAUACUAAUUGGAAAGUGUAAACUGGGAUCACAGCUAUUAAAUGUAUACUUUACUCAAA